GAAGCGUUGAGUGUGUGUUUUCGAGCGCGUGUGUGUGUGUGUGUGUCUCUCUCUCUCUCUGUUGUUUUAAGGGGGAGGGUCUGACCAAGAGAUAGAGAGAGAGAAAGGGGAGUGCGACAACGGCACAGCGGCGUGAGCCAGCCACAGUUAUUGAUUGAUACCCUGAAUUUCUUUCGUCUAACGGGUCUUUUGCUUCUACACUGCACAAGAAGACGGUUCCCCCGUUUCGCGUCCCCCUCCCCUGUAGCGCUUUCUUUCACUCAUCUACGGAGACUCAACGUGCUGCAGGAUGUCACAGAUUCUCCCUAUACGAUUUCAGGAACAUCUGCAGCUGCAGGGUGUGGGCGUGAGUGCAGCCCACAUCGGCUUCAGCUACCUGACUAUGGAGUCGGACAAGUUCAUCUGUGUGCGGGAGAAAGUGGGCGAGCAGAACCAGGUGGUCAUCAUUGACUUGGCCGACCCCACCAAUCCCAUCCGCCGGCCAAUCACAGCCGACAGCGCCAUCAUGAACCCCGCCAGCAAGGUCAUCGCCCUGAAAGCCUCGCGCACACUCCAGAUCUUCAACAUGGAGAUGAAGAGUAAGAUGAAGGCUCACACCAUGACGGACGACGUCAUGUUCUGGAAGUGGAUCUCCGUCAACACCAUCAGUCUGGUCACGGACACGGCCGUCUUCCAUUGGAGCAUGGAGGGGGACUCUCAGCCAAUCAAAAUGUUCGACCGGCACGCCAGUCUGGCGGGGUGUCAGAUCAUCAACUACAGGACAGAUGAGCAGCAGAAAUGGCUGCUCCUCAUAGGGAUCUCAGCACAGCAAAACCGUGUGGUGGGGGCGAUGCAGCUGUACUCCGUGGACAGGAAGGUGUCCCAGCCCAUCGAGGGGCACGCGGCGGCCUUCGGCCAGUUCACCCUGGAGGGGAACCCCAACCCCUCCACCCUCUUCUGCUUCUCCGUCAGGGGCGCCGCCGGGGGAAAGCUACAUAUUAUAGAGGUGGGUACGCCUGCUACAGGAAACCAGCCCUUCACUAAGAAAGCCGUGGACGUCUUCUUUCCUCCCGAGGCCCAGACAGACUUCCCCGUCGCCAUGCAGAUCGGGGCUAAAUAUGGCGUCAUCUACCUCAUCACCAAGUACGGCUACGUGCACCUGUACGACAUCGAGACAGGCGUGUGCAUCUACAUGAACCGCAUCAGCGCAGAGACCAUCUUCGUCACCGCCGCCCACGAGAGCACCUCAGGCAUCAUAGGAGUCAACAAGAAGGGACAGGUCCUGUCCGUGUGUGUAGAAGAGGAGAACAUCGUGGGCUACGCCACUAACGUGCUGCAGAACGCCGACCUGGCGCUGCGUCUGGCCAUGAGGAGCAACCUGCCCGGAGGAGAGGAGCUCUUCACACGCAAGUUCAACACGCUCUUCAGCCAGGCCAGCUACACGGAGGCCGCCAAGGUGGCAGCGUCCGCUCCUAAGGGGGUUCUGCGUACGGCGGACACGAUCCGGCGAUUCCAGAGCGUGUCGGCGGCCCCUGGCCAGGCGUCUCCGCUGCUGCAGUACUUCGGGGUGCUGCUGGACCAGGGCCAGCUCAACGCCCUGGAGGCCCUGGAGCUCUGCAGGCCCGUGCUGCAGCAGGGCCGCAAGCAGCUGCUGGAGAAGUGGCUCAAGGCUGAGAAGCUGGAGUGCUCCGAGGAGCUUGGGGAUCUGGUGAAGCCGGUUGACCCUAGCCUGGCACUGAGCGUCUAUCUGCGGGCCAACGUCCCAAAUAAAGUCAUCCAGUGCUUCGCCGAGACGGGACAGUUCCAGAAGAUUGUGCUCUAUGCAAAGAAGAUGGGUUACACUCCUGAUUGGAUCUCUCUGCUGAGGAGUGUGAUGAGGGCAGGUCCAGAUCAGGGCCUACAGUUUGCCCAGAUGCUGGUGCAGGACGAGGAGCCACUGGCCAACAUCGACCAGAUUGUGGACGUGUUCAUGGAGGGUAGUCUGGUGCAGCAGUGUACCUCGUUCCUAUUGGACGCCCUCAAGAGCAACAAGCCAGAGGAGGGGCAUCUGCAGACACGCCUCCUGGAGAUGAACCUCAUCCACGCCCCUCAGGUCGCAGAUGCAAUCUUGGGGAAUCAGAUGUUCACACACUACGACCGCACACACAUCGCUCAGCUGUGUGAGAAAGCAGGGCUGCUGCAGAGAGCCCUGGAACACUACACGGACAUGUACGACAUCAAGAGGACCAUCGUACACACACACCUGCUCAACCCAGAGUGGCUGGUGAACUACUUUGGCUCUCUGUCGGUGGAGGACUCGGUGGAGUGUCUGCGGGCCAUGCUCUCCGCCAACCUCCGGCAGAACCUGCAGCUGGCCGUGCAGGUGGCCUCCAAGUACCACGAGCAGCUGGGCACACUCACGCUACUCGAGCUCUUCGAGUCCUUCAAGAGCUACGAGGGCCUGUUCUACUUCCUGGGCUCCAUUGUGAACUUCAGUCAGGACCCGGACGUCCACUACAAGUACAUCCAGGCCGCGUGCAAGACCGGCCAGAUCAAAGAGGUGGAGCGCAUCUGCAGAGAGAGCAACUGCUACGACCCUGAGCGCGUCAAGAACUUCCUCAAGGAAGCAAAGCUGACAGAUCAGCUCCCUCUGAUCAUAGUGUGCGAUCGCUUUGACUUUGUCCAUGACCUGGUUCUGUACCUCUACCGCAACAACCUGCAGAAGUACAUCGAGAUCUAUGUACAGAAGGUAAACCCCAGCAGGCUGCCGGUGGUGUUGGGGGGGCUGCUGGACGUGGACUGCUCUGAGGACGUGAUGAAGAACCUGCUCAUGGCCGUCAAGGGCACCUUCAGCACAGACGACCUGGUGGCCGAGGUGGAGAAGAGGAACAGACUGAAGCUCCUCCUCCCCUGGCUGGAGUCCCGCCUCUCGGAGGGCUGUGAGGAGCCGGCUACCCACAAUGCCGUGGCCAAGAUCUACAUCGACAGCAACAACAACCCCGAGCGCUUCCUGCAGGAGAACGCGUUCUACGACAGCGCCGUAGUGGGCCGCUACUGUGAGAAGAGAGACCCCCACCUGGCCUUCGUGGCCUACGAGAGGGGCCAGUGUGAUCAGGAACUCAUCAAGGUGUGCAAUGAGAACUCACUCUUCAAGAGUGAGUCGCGUUACCUGGUGCGACGGAAGGAUCCGGAGCUGUGGGCAGGUGUUCUUGAGGAGGACAACCCUUACCGGCGGCAGCUGAUCGACCAGGUGGUCCAGACAGCGCUUCCUGAGACGCAGGACCCAGAGGAGGUGUCUGUGUCAGUGAAGGCCUUCAUGACGGCCGAUCUGCCCAACGAGCUCAUCGAGCUGCUGGAGAAGAUCGUCUUGGACAACUCAGUCUUUAGUGAGCACAGAAAUCUGCAAAACCUGUUGAUCCUGACGGCCAUCAAGGCUGACCAAACGCGCGUCAUGGAGUACAUCAACCGCCUGGACAACUACGACGCCCCUGACAUCGCCAACAUCGCCAUCAGCAACCAGCUCUUCGAGGAAGCCUUCGCCAUCUUCAAGAAGUUUGAUGUCAAUACUUCAGCCAUACAGGUCCUGAUUGAGCACAUCGGUAACCUGGACCGUGCGUACGAGUUUGCGGAGCAGUGCGGGGAGGCGAGCGUGUGGAGUCAGCUGGCGCGGGCUCAGCUGGAGAGGGAGCUGGUGAGGGACGCCAUCGACUCCUACAUCAGAGCAGAGGAGCCCAGCGCAUACAUGGAGGUGGUCAACGCCGCCAGCAGGAACGAUAACUGGGAGGAACUGGUGAAGUAUCUGCAGAUGGCGAGGAAGAAGUCUCGUGAGUCGUACGUUGAGACUGAACUCAUCUUUGCUCUGGCUAAAACUAACCGCCUGGCAGAGUUGGAGGAACUCAUUAACGGUCCCACCAACGCCCACAUACAGCAGGUUGGGGACCGUAGUUAUGAGGAGGGCAUGUACGAGGCGGCGAAGCUGCUGUACAAUAACGUGUCUAACUUCGCCCGGCUGGCGUCCACGCUGGUGUGCCUGGGCGAGUUCCAGGCGGCCGUGGACAGCAGCCGCAAGGCCAACUCCACGCGCACCUGGAAGGAGGUGUGUUUUGCAUGUGUGGAUGGCGAGGAGUUUCGACUGGCCCAGAUCUGUGGGCUGCAUAUUGUCAUCCAUGCUGAUGAACUGGAGGAGCUCAUUAACUACUACCAGGACCGGGGCUUCUUUGAGGAGCUGAUUGUGUUGCUGGAAGCAGCUCUGGGUUUGGAGCGUGCUCACAUGGGCAUGUUCACCGAGCUCGCCAUCCUCUACUCCAAAUACAAACCGCAGAAGAUGAGGGAACACCUGGAGCUCUUCUGGUCCCGAGUCAACAUCCCUAAGGUGCUGCGUGCGGCAGAGGCAGCCCAUCUAUGGGCGGAGCUUGUGUUUCUGUACGAUAAGUAUGAAGAGUAUGACAAUGCCAUCAUCACCAUGGUAACACACCCUACCGAUGCAUGGAAGGAGUCUGCCUUCAAAGAGAUCAUCGCAAAGGUUGCAAAUGUGGAGUUGUACUACAAGUCUCUUCAGUUCUAUCUGGACUAUAAACCGUUGCUGCUGAAUGACCUGCUGUCUGUGCUGGCUCCACGGUUAGACCACACCAGAGCCGUCAGUUACUUCACCAAGGUGAAUGAACUUCAGCUGGUGAAGCCGUACCUGCGCUCUGUACAAAACCAGAACAACAAAGCCGUCAAUGAAGCCCUCAACCUACUGCUCACACAGGAGGAAGACUACCAGGGCCUGAGGGCCUCCAUAGAUGCCUAUGAUAGCUUUGACAGCGUGGCGCUGGCUCAGGCGCUGGAGAAGCACGAGCUGCUGGAGUUCCGGCGCAUCGCCGCCUACCUGUACAGGAGCAACAGCCGCUGGCAGCAGAGCGUGGACCUCUGCAAGAAGGACAAGCUCUACAAGGAUGCCACGCAGUAUGCGGCGGAGUCGGAGGACUCGGAGCUGGCGGAGGCGCUGCUGCAGUGGUUCCUGGAGGAGGGCCGGAGGGAGUGCUUCGCCGCCUGCCUCUUCACCUGCUACCCGCUGCUCCACCCAGACCUGGUGCUGGAGCUGGCAUGGAGGCACCAGCUCACCGACUUCACCAUGCCCUACUUCAUACAGGUCAUGAGGGAGUACCUCACCAAGGUGGAUGCGUUAGCGGAGCAGGUGACGGUGGAUAAGCUAGAGGAGGCAGAGAGCCAGAGAACUAAAGAGGAAGAAGUGCAGGAGCCUGCUGCCAUGGUCUAUGGUCAACAGCUGAUGCUUACUGCUGGCCCCACUCCGAUAGUCCCUCAGCCUGGUUAUCCUGGGUACGCUUACACCACGCCGGGAUAUGCCGCGCCCACAUACGGGUUCAAUGUGCAGCCUUAAGCCCCACCCUUUUACCCAUCAUACCCCUCCCACCCCCCCCCCCCCCCUUGCGCUGUGAAUCCUGGGAAAUGUAUGCCUGUGAGAUACCUCUGGAUCCUCAACCCCUGCUCACCUUACAGCAUGAAGACCACUGCAGCAGCCCAGCAGCAGCAGCAACAAGCAGCAGCAGCAGAAGAGCCGGUGCAGAACCCACACCGAACACUAGAGGCCGCUGUAGCAUCUAUCCCACCUUACCAUGUGUGCACACACCUGUGUAUCACUAUCCACUGUCAGAUAGCAGCUUUCUAAGAAAGAGAGAGAAAAAAGACAUUAUAUUUUUAGAAGAAAAAAAAAAGAAAAACUAAAAAGUAUAUGAGAGUUUUACAUAGCACUGCUCGUAGUCAUCGACUGCAUGGACAACGGGCGGCAGUCGCCACGACAACAAGGGAGUGUUGGCACGGAAACGCAUGCAUGCAAUUUGGAGAGUCACUGUAGAUGCUCUCCCCCUGACUACUCUGUGGCCCAGCGCCUUUCCCACGUCUCUCGUCUCUCUACCUGUUGCCUCAUUUGAAAGUCUUUAACGUAUCUCCUGUACUGAACACUGGGUCUGGAGGCGCAUCGGCACCAAUGGAAGAAAGACAAUGACAAUCACAGAUCUUUGUGUGUCUCCCCCAUCAGUGGCAGGAAGUGGGUUCAUCAUGACCCGGAAGUGGAUGAGGGCAGAGGACAGCGAGGAAAAGUAAGAGGAGGAGGAAGAUUGCUGCUGGAUUGGAGGAAAGAUUGUGUGUUUACAGCGAUACAUUUGUGUUAUUGUUAUUUUGUUUUUAUUUUUGUUUGUUUGUUUGUUUUUUGCCUGCAUGUGCUAGUGCUUCAUGAGGGAGUUACAACGCAACUAGAGCACAAAACCCACAGUUGUAGUGCUUAUUAGACACCUCAAACAACCCUCUAUCUCAGAUGUGAACAAGCUCAUCUCAGCGGUGGAGACAGAAGAAAGCUACACUCUAUGGUACUCAUACUUAUUUAAAACUGACAAGCGAACAGACAGAAACCAACAGUUUAUGGUACUCAUUCUUAUUUAAGUAAACACAAACAUAUUCCCAUGUAUCAUUUCUGUGGAUGAGGUUCGGAUUAAAUCAUUGAAUGAAAUACAAUUAUAUACAUGGAAAUAUCUAGAAUAAUAAUAAUAAUAAUAAUGAUAAUAAUAAUAACUGCAACUGCAACAACUACAAUAAUAUUAAUAAUAAUAAUAAUAAUAAUUAUGAUAAUAGUAUUAUGUUGGUACCCCUAAUCAGUAUCCAUGUAUGCUCAGUAUCAUUGUCAUAAGUGUAUGUCAUAGUCUUACGAACAUAUUACCUUUUUAUAGAAAAAAAGUUAAAGUACAAAAACAAGCAGACAGACGAACACAGAGGCCAAGACACAUGGUGUACUGAAGCAAUCUUUUUUGGGUUGCUAGGUUACACGGGAGAAUGGGGAGGGGGGCGGCGUUUCAGUCUGCUCAUGUGCAGGCUUUGUGUGCGACGGUGUGCAAGUGUUUUUUUUUGUGUGUGGUCUGGUCACACGCACACACACACACACACACACACACAAACACACACACACACACACACACACCCCAACACAUUCAACCACACAGAUGCUUGUGUCCGUUCCUGUUGUGUUGAAUGUCCAGGCGGAUGAAUAAAGUUUACUCUCACUCAUGA